UGAAGUGUUGGCGCUGCAUGCAGGGGACCGUUCGCACAAAAUGGGUGACGAAGCUACAGCCGUGCCAGAUGACCUGUGCUGUUUCCGAGGACCAUUCAUCCAUUCUACGAAGUUGGAUCCGCUUGUCAUAUCGGAGGAUAAAUUACUAGGAAUAUCAAAGGGAAAGAUUAUUUUCAUCGAAGAUGGCGCCAAUGAAGACAGUGUUCGCCGACGAUAUAACAUCGAUGAUGACGCCAUUCGCGUACUCUCGCAAGGUCAAGUGAUCAUCCCCGGUUUUAUCGACACGCACAUCCAUGCCUCCCAGUACACAUACGCUGGGACCAACCUGGACCUGGGGCUCCUCGACUGGCUGGAGAAAUAUACCUUCCCAACGGAGGCGCUCUACAAGGACCUACAUUUUGCUAAAAAGCAUUACCAAAAGGUUGUGGAGCGUGUCCUUAGCCAUGGAACAACAACGGCAAGCUAUUUUGCCACGAUCCAUGUAGACGCCACACUCGCCUUGUGCGACAUCAUCGAUAAGUGUGGACAGAGAGCUUAUGUCGGCAAAGUGAACAUGGAUCAAAACAGUCCGAAGUAUUACAGCGAAGAGACCAGACAGUCCGCUGACGACACCGAAGAAUUCAUCAAAAGAGUGUUGGAGAAAAGUUAUAAAACAAUCACCCCGAUUAUAACGCCCCGGUUUGCACCGUCUUGUAGCCGAGGCCUUAUGGAGAAGUUGGGAGAUCUUGCUGAAAAAUAUGAUCUGCCAAUUCAGAGCCAUCUUAGCGAAUCAAGGAAGGAAUGUGCUUGGAUAAAACAGCUGUACCCGGAUUCACGUGAUUAUACGAGUGUCUAUCACGAAUGCAAAUUACUAACAAAAAAGACUAUCAUGGCGCAUAGCAUUUAUUUAAGCGACGAGGAGCUGGGCCUGAUCAAAGCACAAGGGGUAGGCGUUUCGCACUGUCCAAAUUCUAAUCUGAGCAUAAGGAGUGGUUUGCUCGAUGUUCGCCGGCUGCUUGACAGAGGAAUCAAGGUCGGACUGGGAACAGACUUGGCAGGAGGUUACCACCCGUCCAUUAUGAACGCCAUCCAGACAGCAGUCCAUGUAGCGAACACCCUCAGCAUCAGUCACCAUGGUGACGAAUAUAAUAAUAUUGACUUCCGGGAGGCUUUCCGAUUAGCUACGCUAGGCGGCGCCGAAGUCAUGGGUCUGGAGAACAAAAUCGGUAACUUUGAAAUCGGCAAGGAAUUUGAUGCUCUGGUCAUUGGGUGGGAAAUGAAGAGAGGCCCUUUCGAGGUCUUUGAUCACGAAUCCCUCCUGGAUGCAUUCCAAAAGUUUCUAUUCUUAGGGGAUGACAGGAACAUUCGAGAGGUUUUCGUAGCCGGAAAACAGCUGGUUGUAAAACCUGAGGACACAAUAACUUGAGUGGACAGCCUCGUCGAGGAACAGACAUCGCAGCUACUGUUAUUUCAUUUAUUAAAACCUGCUAAAAUGAGAAUAAUUUACUAAUCCAUCAAUAGUGCAAGAUAAUACAAUAAAUGU